GUCGGUCGGACUCGGGCCGGUGAAAGCAGCGCCAUGGCUCGGGAGAACGGAGACACCGGCAGUGGAGAGACGUGGAAAAAACAAGUCGACGACAUCAAGAAGAUUUUUCAUUUUAAAGAAGUCCUCGGCACAGGAGCGUUUUCCGAGGUGGUCCUGGCCCAGGAGAAGCUGACCGGCCGGAUGUUUGCAGUGAAGUGCAUCCCCAAGAAGGCUCUGAAGGGGAAGGAGAGCAGCAUCGAGAACGAGAUCGCCGUGCUGAGGAAGAUCAAGCAUGAGAACAUCGUGGCACUGGAGGAUAUCUACGAGAGUCCUGACCACCUCUACCUGAUCAUGCAGCUGGUGUCCGGCGGCGAGUUGUUUGACCGAAUUGUGGAGAAAGGGUUCUACACGGAGAAGGAUGCGAGCACGCUGAUCCGACAAGUCCUGGACGCUGUGAACUACCUGCACAAGAUGGGCAUCGUGCACCGAGACCUGAAGCCAGAGAACCUGCUGUAUUUUAAUCCCCAAGACGAGUCCAAAAUCAUGAUCAGCGACUUUGGUCUUUCCAAGAUGGAGGGCAGUGGCGAUGUCAUGUCCACUGCAUGCGGCACGCCGGGAUAUGUGGCUCCAGAGGUCCUGGCCCAGAAGCCGUACAGCAAGGCGGUGGACUGUUGGUCCAUUGGAGUGAUCGCCUACAUCCUGCUGUGUGGUUACCCUCCGUUCUACGACGAGAACGACUCCAAGCUGUUCGAGCAGAUCCUGAAAGCCGACUACGAGUUUGACGCUCCGUACUGGGACGAUAUAUCGGACUCAGCCAAGGAUUUCAUCGGCAGUCUGAUGGAAAAAGAUCCAGCCAAGCGUUUCACCUGUGAUCAGGCACUCAGACACCCCUGGAUCUCCGGUGAUACAGCCCUCUGCAAGAAUAUCCACGAGUCAGUCAGCCGACAGAUCAAAAAGAAUUUCGCCAAGAGCAAAUGGAGGCAAGCGUUCAAUGCCACCGCCGUGGUUCGCCACAUGAGGCGGCUGCAGCUUGGCAGCAGCAUGGGGAGCAGCAUGGACGCCUCCAACCCGCCGACCAGGCCGGGCCAGACGCAGAGGCCGGCCCAGAACCAGAGCCAGAGCCAGGCGGGCCAGAACCAGCCAGCUCAAAGCCAAAACACCGGCCAGACGGCUCAGAGCCAGAACGCCAACACGGCUGCCAGCAAAUCCUCUUCCACAGAAAACAACUUAGCAGCUCCCCGUAAGGAAUGUGUAACUGCACCGGUCACACCCUGCAGUCUGGCGUCCGCCGUCUCUUCUCCCGCCACAGGUGCAGAGCUGAACCGACCGCAUCCCUCGGCGGUUCCCGCCCCGGUGCUCACGGAGACCAAGUGACGCCAGGUCCCGCGGGGGACCAGCUGGGAGGCCACGGCACUGUGAGGCAGAGAGAUGGGAAAGAAACGGAGGACGACAGGAGAGGAAGAGGAUCCCACCCCAUCUCUUCUUCUUAUUUGUGUUCUCCCUCUCCUCACUGCGUUUCAACUUGAAUGCCCCCCUAGCAAGUUCCCCGCCCUGC